UUCGGCGUAUAAACCGUGAAUAGUGCGCAGCGAGGUUGAGUGAGCGGGGUUCGUUCAGGAGCUGCUCGCGCGAGACCAGGGGGGUGGUCUCCGCUCAGUGUUACGCAAACUUUGAAUUCGCGCCGUCUCACUGCCCACACGCGCGCGCGAAGGGUUUCCCCGCAGAGGCCACGCAGGCUUGUUGAUUUGGUGAGCGAGUGCGGUUUAGUGAGCACCGUGCACAGACGGAGAAGAACGCCGGACCCCCCCCACUCCACCCACUCCACCCUCCGGCACCGCAUAGCUCAACACACGCCGUGGGUCGAGAGGCAGGUGCUGCUCGUCAGCGUGAACCGCCGCUAACUCGCACGACACCGCCCCACGCUCGCGAACAACGCGCGCGCACGUGCAGACUACACAGCGCGGGCGCACGCGCGCGCGCACACACAGCAUGUCCAUGCUGCCCACGUUCGGUUUCACGCAGGAGCAGGUGGCGUGCGUGUGCGAGGUGCUGCAGCAGGGAGGCAACAUCGAGCGCCUGGGCCGCUUCCUGUGGUCGCUGCCCGCGUGCGAGCACCUCCACAAGAACGAGAGCGUGCUCAAGGCGAAGGCCGUGGUGGCCUUCCACCGGGGCAACUUCCGCGAGCUCUACAAGACGCUGGAGAGCCACCAGUUCUCGGCGCACAACCACCCCAAGCUGCAGCAGCUGUGGCUCAAGGCGCACUACAUGGAGGCGGAGAAGCUGCGCGGGAGACCCCUGGGCGCCGUGGGCAAGUACCGGGUGCGGCGCAAGUUCCCGCUGCCGAGGACCAUCUGGGACGGCGAGGAGACGAGCUACUGCUUCAAGGAGAAGUCGCGGAGCAUCCUGCGCGAGUGGUACGCGCACAACCCGUACCCGUCCCCGCGCGAGAAGCGGGAGCUGGCCGAGGCGACGGGGCUGACCACGACGCAGGUCAGCAACUGGUUCAAGAACCGGCGACAGCGAGACCGCGCCGCGGAGGCCAAGGAGCGAUACGGAGAAAACAACGAAAACGCCAACUCCAACACCGGCGGAGGCGGCGGCGGCGGCGGCUCCCAGCAGAACCAACUCACGUCCCCGUCUCUCAACGGGAGCAAGCACCUCCUGGCGAGUUCCGACGAGGACAAGAGCCCGGUGGGCACCCCGGACCGGGCGCACGUUUCCUCGGGCUCGUCUCACCACGCGGCCGUGGGGCCCGGUUCCAUCUCCUUCCCGGGACUGAGCGGUCUGGGGGCCGCGGCUUCUCCGGGGACGGCGGCGGUUCUGCUGAGCGGCGCCGAUGUCCUUCACCAGCACCAUCACCACCACCACCAGCAGCAGCAGCACCACCACCAGCACCACCAUCAUCAUCAGCAGCAGCAGCACAAUCAUCACCACCACCAUCAACAGCAGCAGCACCAUCAGCAGCAGCAUUUGCACCACGGUUUACAAGACUCUCUGUUAAGUCCAAUGUCGUCUGGCAUUGUUAACAUCGGCUCUUAAUUGAUUGAGGCUGGGUCAACAGUAUUGUAUAAAUGUACUCUUUUAAAUGUGUCUGUGUGUGUGUGCACUCUGAUGAGGUCUCUACGUCUCUCUCUCCUCUUUCAUCUGUUCGCUCAGUAAUCGCGCCUGUACGUGGGAUCGCUUUGUCGGAUUUGCUAGACUCGGGAUACGCCGCUUUUCGACAUCACGGCAAGCGUGAACCGAGCACGUGGCGGUCUACACGAGUCGAACGCCGUGCGCCCCUCUAGAGUUCACCAGACAGAAGGGUGGUGGUGGUGGUGAUGAUGGUCAUUGUUCGUGUUUGUACCUCUAUGUUUGUGUGUGUCUCUCCCUCUCUCGUGUAGCCGUUCCGGCCUUUAUAGGUGCUGACGAACAGCACUUGCCACAAAAUAUGUGAGCUCUAUAUGGGGAAUCUUUGUCUUGUGUCUCUCUUUCCACCCAGGGUUGUUUAUGGGAAGCGACCCCCACAGCACCCCAAUUCGAUUCCCGCUCACGGCUCUACCAACGAACCAAUGGCGAUGAUCUGAACCGGUGCUGAGCCACUCCUGGAUCGACUCAGCCUUAGACGAGCACCAGGUGCAUCGGUACAGAGGAGACAAAAGCGGCCGGGCGUGGUGCUGGCCACCCCCCCCCCCAACCCCCCUCGUGUGCCACAGUGCCGGCCUUCAUAGGUGCUACUCGCUAACAGCACUUGCCCAAGCAGUCUGUCAAGGCUACACGGGCGAUCUUUGUCUUUGUCUCAUAGUGCCCUCCCGUUGUAUAUUUUCGGUGUCCCUUCACAGCGCUGCGCUCUGAUUGGCCCUCCCGCUCGUCCACCCCCUACGAGGCUCGCCCCGUGUAAUGUAUACGGUGCAGAAAACUGUGGUGACAGCAGUACCCCGGUUAACGUUGGGGAUGCGUUCCUGAAUAUCCAAACGACGUAAAUCAAAGCUAUUUACGGGGUAAGGUGGAGGUGGUGGUGGUGGUGGUGGCUGAGAGGCGACGGAUAACGAGAAAGGACGAACGGACGAAGUUGUCAGCGUCGUAAGGGUGGGUGGGUGAGGGUGGUCGAGGCGACGCGAAUCGGCGUAUCUCUGUUGCGGCUGUGUGGAAGCGAAGGUUGUUCAAGUUGCGUGAACGCGUUGCGGCGGUCAGGCCAGCCCCGGCCCGUGUGUUUACGCCUGUGCCAUGCAUCGAAACGAUACUGCCAAACGCUUAAUCGUUAUCGCUGUUGUUGUUGCUGUUGUUAUUGUGUUUGUGACUGCGUAUUAUCACAUCACGAUGCACGCGCGCUGACAUUAUUUAGAAUAAACAAAUCCUUAUUGAUAUUUUUUUUAUUCUAAGUUGGAUAAAAACUUGCUUAGCUAUCUCGGCAAAUUUGCACCUCGGAUAUAAAAUAAAAUAAUAAUCUUGAAAACAAUAAUCUUGAAUCCACGGUUAUGGGUUUUUUUUAUUAUUCGCGCGCCUGUUACCUGUCAAAAAUAUCGGAAUAACAAACGCUUUUGAAUAUCCGUCAGUGUACUAUGAGAAGAUCGUGGGGGAGCGGUGGCAUAGUGGUUAGGGCACUACACGAGCUCCAUUCCCCAGCCUCGGCUAACAUCAGUGGCAAGUAAAUUCUGAACCGGUUCUGGGCCUGGGGCCAACCGCCCCUCACCCACCCCCUCUUCACCAACCCACAUUGAUCAGCGUGGUGAAGUAUGGACAAUCAUUCCACGUGACCCGUGCAACGUGGGGAAGGAAUUUUAUUCCAGCAGUGGGUCGAGAAAGGGACUGUAAAAGUGCGAGAGGAAUCGUCAUGUUGUUGAAGCUAGACCUUUGAUCACAUCAAACAAUAACCGCUCGACCGCGCGGUAUUGGCAAUGCGUCUUGUUUAUAAUGAUCAGAAACGCGCGCGCGCGUGUGUGCGUCGUACGGAUGUCUCAGGGGGUUCGUAAUGACCGUGUCAGAGACACCGAACCAGCACCGCUGUCACCCCGGAUUCGAAUCCGGGGUCUCAAACACCUCCGAUUAAACGGCGUUCUCAAGUUGCCGUGAAGGUGGUGGGCUCAGCCUGGCCACCAAUGACUGCACGCGCACACACAUAAAAAAAACAAUCCACCGUCGCAUCAAAUUUUGUUCAUUUCGCUUUAACUUCAUCACGAUAAAUUCGGGUCCUUCAAACUGCAACGUUUCGUUACGACUACCACGAGACGACUACUCCGUGCAGGACAACGGCGGGGAGUUACCCAACGUGUGGACAAACGGGCAGCUGAAGCGAUCUCGGAACUAGUUCUGUACUGGCCAUCGUCCUCCGGAGCCGUUGUCCGUUUCAAGGCAGCGCACUGCUCGCUUGCGAGAGUUCACAAAAAAAAUCUAAAAAAAAUCUUUAAAAAAAACAAAACGCCUUCGUCUCGUCUCCUGACGCUCACCGCACAUCAACAUCAUCACCAGCCGUGAUCAAUCCACUGCUGGAUGAAGGUCCUCCCCAAGCAGUCGCCGCAUCGCACGCUCGACCGCAACGCAACGCACAGCUGAGCGGUGUGGAACCUUUGGCCCCUGAGCCCGCGGGGUAGCAAACAGAACCGUGGCUUCGUUCCGUACGCCCAGCGGACAACGGGAGAUUGUAUUGCGCUUCGAGACGUUCUAAGCACGGCAUGUAUCCGUCGAGGCGAGCAUCUUAUGCAGCACAAAUCGGGCACUCGAUGGGAAAUGGUUGUUUAUUGUUUUUUUUUCCCCCCCUCUACCGUGCAACAACGCGAGCUCCACGUGUUAACGCGCUCGGCCGCAUCUCUCAGGGCUGCGGGGGCGAGCGCUCGUGCUCGUCAAUGUCUACUGACUGUGGGUUGCCCGCAAAGAGAAGGGAUAUUUUGAAAGUCCUCAUCCGCGGCCCUCGGCGAGGCAAACGCGUGCCACGUGCCGCACGCGAGUCGCGUGCCGACAGCACAGCCGCUAUUGCAUUCGGAAGAACAAACACACAAACCCCUGCUCACGCGCGCACGUGCGAGUCAGUGUGUGUGUGUGUGAGUGAGUAGGGGAUUUUAUACAACAUGGAGAACGACCGUUGCCCGAAACGUCGCCUAUUAAAUACCCCCCCCCCCCCCCCGUAAGGCAGUAUUACUGACAAAUGCGUCGAUACGUUUUUGUUAUUUGCGUGAUAUGUGAUCGUGCACCGCUCGGAGAACGCAGAGUGUCAAAACAAGCGGGUGGCCAAGUGAGUGCUUACGACCACCGUCGGUCGUGAUACACGGCGGCGGUGGCUAAGCCACGCGUGGCUCGCCUCGUGUAAUCCAGCCACUGCGGAGGCAGCGGCGAGGGUUGGUGGAGCCCACGCUGACCGUUGUGAAAGUCGCUUCCCGUGCGCGUCGAGGAGGGGGGCCGUGGACUCCAGCUGUUCCAUCUGUACGGGGAUCGAGCGUUGCUCCCCCGCCCUCCCGCCCCCCUCCCUCGCACGCGUGAGUUUUCUACGGGUGUUCCGAUGUUUUAUUUUUAUUUGCCCCGCGUAUAAGCACUCAUUUAAUUGGCCGAUAACACUUCGAUAUGCAGAGGACCGCAGAGCUUGGGUUUGAGAAUGUGGCUCCGGCUCACCACCGCGUGGCUCAUGCUGCAUAUUCCCCCACCCGUCCGUGGUUACCAACCUCGCGCCUCUGAGUGGCCUUCUCUCUAUCUCACUCAUCUCUCUCUCUUGGAGAUCGAGGAGGGAGACUACUGUGCAGCGGCAACUGCGCGUUGUUCCAAGUUGAAACUGUUUUUUUUAUUGUUGUUGUUAUUAGUGUUAUUAUUCAACGGCAGAACCGACGAGUCAGCUUUUGCAUGCAUUGAAUGCGUAUUUAUAAAACAUUGGUAAGACACAUCGCACACGUGCCGAGAUCGUUGCGUUUUCUCUAAUGUUGUGCGUACCUUGUACCGGGGGACAUCCCGCGCCAGGCUGUGUCUGUCUGUGUAUUUGUGUGUGUGUGUGUGGCCAUGUACGUGUGUUUAUCCGUGCAUGCAACAAAAAAAUACAGCCGGUCUCCUUGUGAAAUCCACAGUGAAUAUUCGUGGUGUUUAACAAAAAUAAUAAUGGCACGCGAACAUACUGUAGUCAACACGUGCACACGGUCGGACACGUACAUGCACACAUGCAUAUUUUAAAUAGGGAAGUCCUCGCUUAACGCGUGUUCACACGACGCGUUUUCACUAUAACGUGCUUUUCCCAUUUAAGAACACUUUUCGCACAACGUGGAACGCGCCCCGUUAUAACGCGGUUUCUGAGCGGCCGAUGACGAAACUACUUUCUUGAGCUGUGUGGCUGAGCGGUAUGACGCAGUGCGCGGAGUGAUACAGGAAUGCGGCGGCGUACCCUCAGAUAUUUGUCCCGCCAUCUCACUGUGCGUGUGCAGAGUAGAUCGAAGAUCCUCAAACCUUACCACUACCACAUUAUUUAUGGGGGAAUUGUUUCUAUUCACGCGUUUUUGGCUUAACGCGGCGCUUUUCAGGAACGCGUCUACUGCGCUAAACGAGGACUCGCUAUAUACUUAAAAAAGCCACAUCAUAUUCUUGGUUCUUUUGGUAAAUUCAUGUAGAAGGGAAAUAAUGAAAUAAUACAAAUAAAACAUAUAAUUUCCCUUCUACGUGACUUUACCGAAAAAAACAAGAAUUUGAAUCCCUGCAGUCACGAAAGCUUUAAAUCGACAAAGAAACACAUCGUUGCUCAGCACAAGGAGACACAACGUCAAGCGGCCAGCUAAUAGAGGGGCAUCAUCGACGUUUGAAUAGAAAGCAGUAAACACGUUUCUACACUCG